CUCGUUACACUCAGAACACAAAAAUGAUUGCAAAGAACUUUCUUCUCACUACCGCUAUAGCGACCCUUGCCCUCGCUGGCAGUCCAGUUGGAAGCGGCCAAUGGACCGAAGUUCAUCCCGAGUUUCAUUUACAACAAUGUGCUGGAGGGGAGGUUUCUGGGGAUAGCUAUACCCUCCCUAAGUCACCUAAUGGCAGCACCAGUGGCUCAGGCUGCCGCAAUGGUCACUUACGUGCUGAGCGCAGCUAUGAGAAUCACUACACCUCAGGGGUACAUCAGUUUGGAGGCGAGUUCAAUAUCACCUCUCUGACCGGUACCCACAUCGCGCUCAAGCAGACCCACGGUGUCAACUCCAACUUUUUCAUAAUGGGCAUUAAGAACAACGGUGAUAUCUAUGAAAUACAUAGCGGCAGACCCAUUGCUAGUGGUGUAGCAAAGGUCGGUACUACUGUGCGAAUCAACACGAUACACGAUACCAAUAAGAAGACGUAUGCUCUCUACAUAAACGGCAAGUUGUCGUAUACCGACGAUAACGCCCCCAGCGGCGAUGCCUAUUAUGACAAGUGUGGUGCCUAUGCGGCCACUAGCGGCUACGGUACUAUUACUGUUAACUGGGACGAUGUCCAAUUCUGGACCCAGUAGAAAUUGGCAAACUGCUAAUUAGGACUGGUGGUCAUGACGGUAUGCACCGAGGCGCUAAGCCUAUUUUCGGAAUAUGGGAGUAAUUACCAUUGCUGUUGUCUGUUUACUCGGCUCGUAUCUUUAAAAGGUAAUCGAUGAAGCAGUAAAGUAUAAAUUUUUGUCAUAUUACUGAGAAGUCAUGUAAAGAACUGCCAACAAACUACCAAGUGCUAGUCUAAUCUGGAGGCUUGAGCGUCGGGGAUGUCAAGGUAACUAGUUAUGUAUAAGAUUAUUACAUAAAUAAGUUAACAACUUUAAAAUGUGAAACACCACCUGUCGGU